AUGGCUGCUAUUCAAAAGCUUGUUGCAGUGUUUUUCAUGUUUAUGGUUGCCCUCUCCUCUAUGCAUGAUGCUUCUGUUUAUGCAGACCCUAUUUUAUUUGGCGCCGCAAAGGUUGAAGACAACAUAAAGCCCAUUCAAUUUCAUACAAGGAAAUUAAUGGCUGAUACCAUUAAACCCAUAAACAUUAAUAAUAAUGUUUUGGGUGGUGAUGAUAUAUUGAGAAUAAAUGUUAUGCACGGGUUGGGUGAGUGUCUUCCGGAUCAGAAGGCUGUACUUCUCCAGAUACAAAACCAACUUUCUUACAACUCUUCAUUAUCCUUCAAACUGGUGCGGUGGGAUGAAAGAGUUGAUUGCUGCCAGUGGCCUGGUAGCCUUGAGCCAAUCACUGGUGGAACCAAUGCAUUUUUCUUGCUCAAACUGCUGCCAUACCUUUCUGUUAUUAGGCUUGAUAGGCUCAACUUUUCUGCUCCAUUUCCAGACUUCUUCGCAGAUUUCACUAAUCUGACUGUUUUGAGCCUAAGAGAUUGCAACUUCACAGGAACAGUCCCUCAGAAAGUAUUCCAGGUACCAACUUUGCAAACCAUUGACUUAAGUUCCAAUGAAAUGCUUGGGGGUUCUUUGCCAGACUUCCCCAAAAAUGGAUCUCUUCAGAGUCUGCAACUUGGUGUUACAAAGUUUUCUGGGAGAUUACCUGAGUCCAUUGGAAACCUCAGACUGCUGUCCCAUAUUGAGCUUAUAGGUUGCAAUUUUAGCGGACCAAUCCCUGUUUCCAUUAUAAGGCUUACCAAGCUUGUUGAGUUGAGUUUGCGUGGGAAUCACUUCAGUGGUUGGAUUCCACCAUUUAAGUUGUUUAAGAACCUGACUGAAAUAGAUCUUUCUAAUAACGAUUUUACAGGUGAAAUUCCCUCCUCUCAUUGGGAUGGCCUUAACAAUCUUGAAAGGCUGUACUUGGAUGGGAAUUCAUUUUCAGGGCCCAUCCCACCCUCAUUGUUUUUCUUGCCAUCCCUUAUAACCUUAUCUCUGUAUAAAAACAAAUUUUCUAGUCAAAUAAUUGAUUUGCAUAAUGUGACUUCUCCAUUGGAACUUCUUUAUUUGAGUGACAACAAUUUGGAAGGGACAAUGCCUUCAUUCUUCUUUCAGCUCCCGAAUCUUACAUACCUCGAUCUUUCAUCAAACAAAUUUUCUGGUCAAAUAAUUGAUUUGCAAAAUGUGAGUUCUCAACUUAGAAAUCUUGAUUUGAGUAACAACAAUUUGGAGGGGCCAAUACCUUCAUUCUUCUUUCAACUUCAAAAUCUUACAACACUCUAUCUUUCAUCAAACAAAUUUAAUGGUACUGUACAUCUGACCAGAUUCAAAAACCCUGAGAAUAUUUGGUUUCUUGACAUUUCCCAUAAUAGCUUGGCAGUUGAGACAAACAUAAGAGCAGCAGAACUUCCUAUCCUCCCGGAAUUUCGAGUUUUGAAAUUAGCUUCCUGCAAUCUACAAAAAUUUCCGGACUUUUUGAAAAACCAAUCUAAACUCCAGAUGUUAGAUCUCUCCAGCAAUGCUAUAAGUGGAGAAAUUCCUGAAUGGAUAUCAGAAAUGGGUACAAGGAAUCUCAUUUUUCUCAAUCUUUCUCGCAAUCUCCUUGACAAUAUGCAAGAGCCAAAGGAGUAUGGUUCUCUUUAUUACCUUGAUCUAAACUCUAAUAUGUUCAGUGGACAUAUUCCACGACCACCGCGUGUGGCUGUGUACUUAGACCUCUCCAACAACAGUUUUUCCUCUCUGCCUCUUGAUAUUGGUGAUCAACUCCCAAAUGUCAGUUUCUUUUCCAUUGCAAACAAUAGAGUUAGUGGAACCAUCCCACUUUCAUGGUGCCAUGCAAACCAACUUGAAGUGCUUGAUUUGUCCAACAACGCUUUGCAUGGCAAUAUACCACCAUGUCUGGUUCAAAAUAACAGCAAACUCGCUGUUAUGAAUCUCAAAGGAAACCAUUUAAGUGGUGAGAUGCCACAGGAUUUUCUCCACAGUUGUUCUUUAGAGACAUUGGAUGUCAGUCAAAAUCUGUUAGAAGGUCGGCUUCCUCCAUCCUUGGUGAAUUGCACAGAGCUUAAGGUUUUGAAUCUUGGAAACAAUAGAGUAAGUGAUACAUUUCCUUGCUGGCUCGAUAAGUUGUCAAAUCUGCACAUACUUGUGUUGCGUUGGAAUCGUUUUCAUGGAAGCAUUUCUUGCCCUAAGCUUGGGGUAAAUAACAGUUGGCCAAGCUUACAAGUCAUUGACCUAUCCUCCAAUAAUUUUAGUGGAAAUCUUCCAGCUGAUCUAUUCUUGGAACUAAAAGCUAUCCUAGUUGAUAGGAAUGCAGCAAAUUCAAAGGUUGGCUACUUGCACUUCAAAUCUCAAGAAGAUGCUGACAUUUAUUAUCAAGACUCAGUCUCACUUUCUCUGAAAGGACAAGGUUACACUAUAGAGAAAAUUCUGUCUAUCUUCACCUCUAUUGAUUUCUCAAGUAACCAAUUUGAAGGGGGUAUACCAGAGAGUGUUGGUGAGCUUAAACUGCUUUAUCUCCUUAACCUCUCGCGCAAUGCACUGAUUGGUGGUAUUCCUCGAUCUCUUGAAAACUUGAGAGAUUUGGAGGCAUUGGACUUGUCAGUCAACAGUCUAACAGGAAAUAUCCCAGAGCAGCUUGAGAGCUUAACCUUCCUAUCUUUCUUAAACUUAUCAUACAACCAUCUUUUUGGAAGGAUUCCACAAGGUAAACAAUUUAGUACCUUUGAUACAAGCUCAUUCAUGGGAAACAAGGGGCUAUGUGGAUUCCAACUUAAUGUAUCUUGCAAUCCCAUUAACAAACCAGAGCCAGAAGAGAAAGAGUCAGCUUACCAUGGCGAUAUCUACGCAAGCGUUGCAUUAGGAUUUGUUGUGGGUCUAGGAGGAAUAUUUUUGCCACUUCUGUUGUCCAACAAAUGGAGAUUAUAUUAUAACAAGAAGAUUGAUGGAGUAGUGUUGAAGGUUUUCUUUCAGAGAGAUAAGGGGAGAAGAAAGAAUUCUCGUUAA